CGGGCCCCGCCGCCGCGAUGCGCGCCGUCCUGCCGCUGCUCUGCGCCGCGUUCUGGCUGCUGCGCGCGCCCGCGCUGUCGCUGCGCCGCUCAGAGAAGUUUCACUUCGAGUCAUGGAUGGUACAGCACAAGAAGACCUACAGCUCUGGGGAGUACAACCACCGGCUGCAGACGUUCGUCAGCAACUGGAGGAAGAUAAACGCCCACAACAGCAGGAACCGCACAUUCGAAAUGGCGCUGAACCAAUUUUCAGAUAUGAGCUUUGCUGAAUUUAAACGCAAGUAUCUUUGGUCAGAGCCUCAGAACUGCUCAGCCACCAAAAGCAACUACCUUCGGGGCACUGGUCCCUACCCGCCUUCCGUGGACUGGCGGAAAAAAGGAAAUUUCGUGUCACCAGUGAAAAAUCAGGGCGGCUGCGGCAGCUGCUGGACUUUCUCCACCACGGGGGCCCUGGAGUCGGCCGUUGCCAUCGCGAGUGGGAAGAUGCUCUCUUUGGCAGAGCAGCAGCUGGUGGACUGCGCCAAGGACUUCAACAACCACGGCUGCCAGGGGGGCCUCCCCAGCCAGGCCUUCGAGUACAUCCUGUACAACAAGGGCAUCAUGGGGGAGGACGCCUACCCCUACCAGGGCAAGGACGGGACCUGCAAGUUCCAGCCGGAAAAGGCCAUCGCGUUCGUCAAGGACGUAGCCAACAUCACCAUCUACGACGAGGAGGCGAUGGUGGAGGCCGUGGCCCUGUACAACCCCGUGAGCUUUGCUUUCGAGGUCACCGACGACUUCCUGCUGUACAGACGGGGCGUCUACUCCAGCACUUCCUGCCAUAAAACUCCGGACAAGGUGAACCACGCGGUGCUGGCUGUCGGGUACGGAGAGGAGAGGGGGACACCUUACUGGAUCGUGAAGAACUCCUGGGGUCCCCAGUGGGGCAUGAACGGGUACUUCCUCAUCGAGCGCGGGAAGAACAUGUGCGGUCUGGCCGCCUGCGCGUCCUACCCCAUCCCGCUGGUGUGAGCCGCGGCGGCCGCGACCGGCUGGCGGAGAAGGAGCGGGACGGGCAGCCGGGGCCCGCGGUGGAAACCCUGCUCGGGGGAGCUGUGGGGAGACCCCCGGGGCCCCUCCGUUUCCACCCUCACCCUAAGCGGAGCCGGGAACCUGAAGAAGAGGAAGAAGGUUCGAGCUCACCCUCGUCUUCGGACGCGAAGACGGUCACCAGCCCUGUGCCUUACGCGCGGUUUGUAACCGGCUCAAACCACGUGGGCCAAGUCCUUCCUCCCAGAGGGGCUCACGUGUCGAGGAAAUCCUCGACGAUCCUACCGUGUUCUUUGUUCAAUAAACACGCGGCGAGCACC